CUGGUGGAGGCGGGAAGCUACCAGCGCUUCGCCCGCUGCUACAAGAAGUUCUACAAGCUGCAGCCGGAGCUGACCCGAGGCAUCUACGACCAGUUCGUGGCCCAACUGCAUUCCUCCAUCAAGGCAGAGAUUCAGGAGAUAAAGGAAGAGGGGAAUCUGGAGGUGCUGCUGAACUCUUUGGACAAGAUGGAGAAGGACGCGACGACCGCGGCGGAUAUCCAAUGGCGUCCCAGCGGAGUUCCCGAGGAGGACCUGCGGCAGCACUUGGUCCCCUACCUCCUGCAGCAGCGGGAAUACCUGCGCAAGCUGGUGAAGGAGAAGGAACAGGAGAAUGCCAAGCUGGCCCAGUCCGUCCUGGCCGGGAGGAGGAAGAUCGAGGAGAUGCAGCAGGAGAUCCAGAAGAGGCAGCAGGCCUGGCAGAAGUUGAGUCAGUCUCAGAGGGAGCUGAUCCUGUCCAUUCAAGAGACCGAGAAGGUGUGA